AGUCAUUUUAUCACCAGCCAAGCCUUGCGCGGGCCGCCAUGGCCGAGAGAAAGCAGCUCAAUGUGCUGGCGUGCUGUGUUGGAACGCGGGGGGACGUCAUGCCUGGUGUGGCAAUUUGCAAAGCCUUAGAGGCCCGCGGUCACAAGGCAGCCAUGGCAGUGUGCGCGGGCGUUGAGGAGUCCAUUUGCGCGUACGGUGUGCGAUGCAUCACAGUGAGCCAGAUUCCUUUCAAGUGGCGCGACGACACUGCUCAAAUGUCCGACGAGGAAGUGCAGAUUAUGCGCCGUUCCAUGGAUCCUAAAGAGAUCCUAAAGGUGGAGAACUGCCACGGCGUCAGCUGGAAUCUCGACGAUUGCAUGCCGGAGGCGCUCCGAGGAAUGAGCAACUUGCUGGAGAAGGAGCAUUUUGACGUGAUUUUGGGCACCAGCACCACUGGCCUUGCGUGUCAGCGCUUGUUGAAGAAGUUCCCCCACCUGAAGAUAAUCCGUAGCACGUUCUCCUUUGGCUUCGGAGUGCCCCCAACUUCUGCCUGGCCCCCGGGCGGCUAUGAGAUGUCCCAUGGUUUUAUGAACAAGUUGAACCACUACCAUUUCUUUCUCUGCAAGCUGCUGCCUUUCCUGGCGGGGGCAUCCUUUACUAAGAGAGAGAUGAACCGCGUGCUGGAAAUCGAGGGCGUUGACCAUUCGCAAGGGAUGGGCUUCUUUGCAGCUCACUCUAAGCUACCCAUGUUGGGAUUCUGGAGCGAGAGCUUGCAGGAGCGGCCCCAGGACUUUGCCGAGAACAUCCUCGUGACAGGCUGCCUGUUCACGCCGCAGCUUAGGGACUGGACACCUUCGCCAGCGCUGCAGACUUUUGUGCAGACCUUGGACAGCAAGGGACGGAAACCAUUGGUACUGUCCUUCGGAUCCAUGAUGGGAGUCCAGAAGGUGGAGCAAGCUGUGCUUGAGGCUGCGCGGUGCAUGGGGCUCAACGUGGUUUGGUGCCGCGAGAGGCAACCGCAGAAUGAGCGCGCCACCUGGGGCUUCACUCCAAGUAACGCGGAGGAAGGUGCGUCACCCACCCACGGGGUGUUUGAGGCCCAGUACGUGCCUUUUGAUUGGCUACUUCCGCAAGCCAGUGUAGUGGUGUGCCACGGCGGCGCGGGCACGGUUUUUAGCUCCCUUCGAGAAGGAGUGCCAGUCGUGAUUUGCCCCAUCAUUUCCCCCAUCAUCGCGGACCAGAUCGUGCACGCGGAGUUCGUGGAGCGGAAGCAGCUGGGCGCGUGGCUGCGGCCGCUGUGGCCCGGCAGCGCGGAGUGCCAGGCCGCCGUUCAGCGCGCGCUGGGCUGCGCCGACGCCUGCGCGGAGCUGCGCGAGAAGCUGCGGCAGGAGGACGGGGCGGCCAACGCGGCCGCCGCCAUUGAGACCUUCGCACUGGAACAGAAGCCUCUGCCCACCUGCUUCUCCUGGCUCCGGAAAUGGUUCAAGUUGUUUCGAAGCGGAUAGUUGCCUCCAAAACAUGGCCUUGCAAGGCUUUUGCCGUUUUUCCCGGCUCUUGCCCAGCAUUGGUUGCUCGCGGGCUCCACUUGGGCUGGGGAUCGCAACCGAUCCUCAUAGAUCCAGAGCUCAGCGUACGUGCUGUUCAGGAUCAUCCUAGGCCUUCGGCCGGGAGCUCCACAAUUUCAACAUACUUUUUGUGUAGUCUUUGCGCUCUGUCUUCCGUUUUGUACAGAGGAAUCAACAUAGAUGGCGGUGAGACCAGU